CUGACCCAGCCAAUGCAUUGUGCUUUUCUGAACGUCAGUAGGUCGACUGUCCUGAAUUGUCACCAACGAUGGGCACUACUGAAACUUUCUCGUCUCCCGAGCCGAAGGCAAUGCAAGUCUUUAGCGACGACGACCAGAGUUCGCCCUUCUCAAAGUUCGCGGACGCGCUCUCUCCGAUCCAGCAAGCCAAGGCAGUGCGAGAUGCCGCCUUACAAGAUGCCACUCGCUCGCCUCCUCCCAUGUUUCAAUCCCCCACACGUCCUCGCGGCAGAGGCCGCAUGCGACGGACCCCCCGGAAGCUCACGAGCUUUUCUCCUGGUUCCACGACCCCGCAACUGACUCCCCUGGGCGGUGUGGACGCGCCCAAGGUUCCGGCGUCGCCCCUGGACCGCAAGUCCUUGGCAGACUCCGACGUCCUCAGCCUCUCCCCACGGCGCUCGCUCUCACUGCCCUUCUCCAAACCCCAACCAGUCGACAGCGUUCGCCCUUCACCCGAAACAGCCCGCGAUGCGUCUGGGCUCAACGUAGCGGCGCCUGUCGGCUCCCGAUUAUCCGUUUGGGUGCAGCCGCUGAAGGACGUUCCCCGUGAUUCUGGCAUUGCCACGUCAAGCCCGUUGACGCCACGCCAUCCGUCGUCUACACCAGGGUCUGCAUCGACUCAAGCGGCAGAAGGCCAGGAUAAGUUUCUCACCUUGGCGCCGUCCGUUGCUCCCAUCGACGAUGCUGCCUCUCCGGCGCGUGAUAGCUCAGGAUGUGAGAGAGAAGGCGACAGUCCCUCCCGUGUGAGCCCGUUGAGCGAUGCCCAGCCAGCCCACGCGGGCGAGCUGACGGCAGAGGAGCAACUGGAAGAGGAGGGUGAGUCGGAGCACGGCGGGGCAGCUGACGAGGCCGUGGAACACGGUUCCAUAACUCUAACGGCAACGGGUGAGGAGUGCCCACGAGGCUCGUUGGGCGACGCCGAGCUGCCCCGACAGACGACAGAGGGUACGGAUGGGCGCGGAGAGAAGAAGCAUGAUGAGGUGGGGGACGACAUUGGGACUGGCAGGUCUGGGCGAGGAGCAGCGGAAAGCGGGGCUGGUGAGAGCGGCUGCAGGCCGUUCCGCAGUGCGAGGGAUCGCGCGGGGGCAUUUGAAGUAUGGCAGUCGCCUAAGAAGGCGCGCAUGCUGAUCGAGGGCUUCGGCGAGUCGCCAGCCAAAGCAACGUCUGCGGGCAUUGCGGCGUGGCAGUCGCCCGAUGGCAAGCGCAGCACCCCGUUGCGCACGUCGCUGUUCCCCCAGUCGCACCGAGGCGUGGACGGCACGGGGCUCGACUCCAGCCCCAUGAGCGAGGGCUCCGUGCGGCGCAUGUGGGAGCUUGGCUCGCCUGGCGCGCUGGCGUCGCCGGGAAUGGGUCUGAGCCCUAUGGGCAUGGGCAUGGGCAUGGGCAUGGGUAUGGGCAUGGGUAUGGGGCUGGGUUUGGGUUUGGGCGUGGGCAUGGACGAGGGGCAUCUGGGCUUCGCGGAGCUUCCCGAUGUUCUGGCCGCUGGCGACCCCACGGAGCGGCUGCGUGCCAUGCAGGAAGGCGUGGAGCGGGGCAGGUCGUUCCUCGACCGGCCUCGUGGGUUCACGGCGCUAGUGGGCGCUGGCCCUGCUGGCAACGCAAAAGAGGUCGUGACGCCGAGGGGACUCGAGGGGCGGUUUGCAGGCUCACUGUUGCGGACUCCUUAUGCGGCAGCACCGUCCGCUGCCGCUGGCGGCAACCUCCAAGGUGCGGCGGCCAAUGAGUCACUGACGCUGGUUAAGACGGCCGACCUCGAGCACUUAGAAGACGUGCCUUAUGGCGCUGGCGCGGGAGGCAGUGCGAGGGGCGCCAGUCCCCAUGGCGCCCACAGCACCCUCGUCACUGCUACGGGUGUGCCAGCGGUCAGCGGCCAUCAUGCGGCUUCCCACCACGCGCUCGGCCUCACCCUUGCCAAUGCUCCCGGUGACGCCUCCUGGCAGCUGCCCCCAGCGCAUACUGACGCCACGCCGUCAAGAUACAGCACGCGCCAGGUGCAGCAGGACGGGGAGCGAGAGCAGGGUUGCGCAGCGGAGGGCGCGCAGGGGCGGCUAAAGGACGAGCUGAAGGACGAGGCUUUGGGGGUUGGCGUGGUGGAGGCGCACGAGGGCGUUGAUGCUGAAGCUGUCUGCGCGGAUGGUAGGACGGCGGAGGCGCGCGCGCAGCAGUGCCCUUCCGGAGGCAGCCAUCUCUCGCACUCUCACUCCGAAAUGCCCGCCAACGUGCCGACCAGCAUUGCGCAUGAUGGCGACGCGGCAGCAGCGGCGGAGGCAGGGGCGGGCGGUGGCGGAGGCAGAGGUGCGCAGGUGGACAUGCGAAUGCGGCGAAUGAAUAGCGGCGAGGGGGCUGCGGGGCACGCAGCACGGCAGCAGGUGCAGGGGCGGUGGGCAGGUGCACUUGGGGGGGCGGAGGAGGGCGGUGGAGUGGCGACGGGGGUGGAGUAUGCGAGUGCGUCCACCGGGGACGUGUCUGAGAGCGAUGAGGGCUCGCUCGUUCAAGGAAGCAGCCACCACGUUUCCAUCAGUGCGUCCGCCACUCCACCUCCCAGCGACGGCUGCAGGCGCUGUAGCUGCAAGAAGUCUCGCUGCCUCAAACUCUACUGCGAGUGCUUCCGCGCCAAUGUGUACUGUGGGGACGCGUGCCGUUGCAACGAGUGCCAGAACACGCCUCAGUAUGAGUCCCUCGUGCUCGAAACAAGAGCAGCCAUUCAGGCUCGCAACCCCACGGCUUUCCAGCCCAAAAUCAUCACCGCGCCCACUGUUGGCCCCGCUUCAUCCUUCUCACGAGCCAAGGCCUCUGCCGCAUCACCACUGCCAGCAGCGCCUCCCAAGGCACCGCGGCACAAGACGGGGUGCAACUGCCGCCGCUCCAUGUGCACCAAGAAGUACUGCGAGUGCUUCCAGGCUGGAGUGGGCUGCACGGCAGGCUGCAGAUGUGCAUCGUGUCAGAAUCCCCAUGGCCGCAGCACAGACGUGACAGCACUCCUCUCUGACGCGGACCGCAGUCACGACCGCGCGCUGCGCACGCUCUCCCCUUCCCCCGCCGCCACACCCUCUCGCUGGCUGCCGCCCUGCCCGUCGCCGCUGCACUCGUCAACCACUCGCCGCAGCCUGCCCUUCUCGCCGUCCCCCGUGGACUCCUCUCGCGUUCCCCCCGAUCGCAUCCCCUCAGCCUUGGACCUGUCACACCUGUCGGACCAUGCAAGCCCAUCGCCCACCAUGUCCGCCACGCCGGCUCACUCGCAUCCCCAAGCCCUGCCUGCACACGACCGCCUGCCCCCCCCUGCUGCUGCCUCCCCUCUUGCACCGUCCAGGCUGCACCCAGAUUCCACCUCCACCAAGCCCGCCUUGUCCAAUGCUCACCAUUCCAACGCUGCCCCAGCCGCCCAGGUAGCAUCUGGGGUUCCUGCGCCUAUGGGUGGCAGAGAGCCCCUGAGGCUGCCCCCUACACCCCACCAGUUCCGCCUGCCUGCUACCCCCUUGCGCGCCCCCACUGCUGCCACCUCUCGCUUCCUGCUGAGAGGCCCGGGCUGUCUACCCAAGAUGGAAGAGGGUAGCCAAGUGAAGCCCAGUGUUGCUGCACGAGCAUGGGGUGGUGGGAAGGAGAGCAGCAAGGCACCGCCAGUUGCACCGAUGGAUCAAGAUGGAGGCAGUGGGAGGCCUCGAGGCGUGGUGCAUGUGGAGAGGGCAGCAGCAGCUGAUGACGCUGCAGCAGUGGCAGCCGCCACAGCCGCCGCCGCCGCAGCAGCAGCAGCAGCAGCAGCAGCAGCUGCUGCAGAGGAAGCGGAGUUGCGCCAGGUUGAGUCAUUCCUAUCGCUGCAGGAUGAGUCAGGGCAAGAGGGGGGGGAGAAAGGGCUACAGGUGCUGGGCCAUGACAGGGAGGAGAGGCGCUCAGCGGCAGCAGGAGGUAGGGAGGUGAAGAUGGAGCAGGAGCAGUGGGAGGAGCGGGGCAGCAGCAGCGGUGGCAGAGGCAGGGGGGUAACAGACACAUCACUGUCCAAGAAGCGAGUGCCCACGCUUCAAUCCAGCCGUGAUGCGCACAGCAUGAUGGACAGGGACGCUGAGCCCGAAGCACGCACUGCCACGCUCAAGCUCAGCCCCGCACCCAAGCCAGCAGUGGGUGGCAGUGCAGCCGACCGUGAGGGGUGGCGCAGGGGAGUGGGAGGUGUGGAGGGGGAUGAGGUGGCGGAGGGCGGUGCAUGGCACAAGCGGAUGCGGCUCACUGGCCCACGGGAUGGGGCGCCUGGAGAUGGUUAGUGGCUAGCGUUAAGCACUGGCAAUAAGCAUAUUCAGCGGCAGGGGAGGGUUACCUGGUCGGAACCAACCGGACCAGCAACGUCCAACCACAACCUAUGGGAGUGAUGGCGCCGCUUGGCACCAGCAGAAUAGGAUGCAGGGCGUGCUCGCUCUCCCAGCACACCUUCCCAUGUGCAGGAGUUCUUGCUCAUCUGACUCCCACAUUAUUUUGCUGCUCAGGAUGCCGGGCCUGCUCGGACUCCCAGCACCUUCUCACUCUAUGGCUUCCACGCACGCACUAAUUGAUGUUUGCUGCUAGCCUUCUUGCCCCCCUUCUAUUAUUUUACCUAGUUCAAGCCUGUACCCAGCAGGACUACGGCUUGGCUUGGGUAUGUUAUGGAUUUUUUUCCAGUUGGAACUCACGUUUAACGCAUCUCAAGGU